AUGCCACCGAAGAAGUACGUCGUCCCCCGCGCGGCGGCAACCGCGACCGCCUCCGUCGCCCAGCCGAAGCAGAGGAAGCCGAGGGCGCCGCCGUCCAAGCCACCGGGCAUGUCAAACGCCGAGUGGAGGGCGGAAGUUCAGCGACGGGAGGCUGUCACCGCCGACCGGCGGAAUAGGGCCAUCGCCAAGAAGGCUCGCGACAACGCGGCGCGCGCGGCUGCGGCUGCCGCAUCGGCGGAGGCCGAGGCGACUCGCGCGGGGAUGAUGAAUCCGCCCGGCAGCCACGCCCUGUACGCGCCCUGGGGACAGCAAGGCGUCGGCUCUCCGUCGCCACAGCCAUGGGGAUCGCCCUCGCCGGGCUACGCCGACGGGGACGCGCACGGUGGGUUCAACCCAAACGUCACCUUCCCCCACGGACACCCGGCCCAGCGCACGCCCUCGCCCGCCUUCACCGGCGUGCAGUACCCUCCAUACAACUACUCGCCGCCCGCCUACGCUUCCUCACCGACGCCCCCACUCCGCCGUGGCGCGCUGCCCUUCUCGCACCUCGGCGACACCGACGAGACCGAGGCUGACAUGGACGACAUCAUCACGGCAGGUUCGGCCGCGGCCGCCGCGUCUCCCGGGUUCGCCACCCAGGACGAGACGGUGGAUCUCAGCGGCGGCAUGGACGGCGAGCUCGGCUACGGGCGCAAGAAGAAGAAGCGGGCGGCCAGGUCAGGCGAGCCGGGCAUCAAGUGGGCGUCCAAGGAGGAGGAAUGCCUCGCUGAAGCAUGGAAAGUCGUCUGCCUCGACCCGACCACCGGCACGAACCAGAGCAUCGAGACGUACUGGGACCACAUCAAGGCCGAGUUCGAUGAGUGCAAGCUCGUCGACCCCUACUUCAAAGGCGUCUACAUGCAGCACGGCUCGAAGGCGAUGGCGAACCAUCGGGGGCGUAUCCAGGGGGCGUGCAACAAAUGGCAUGGAGUCGUUGAGGAGGUCGCGGCUUGCCCGGAGAGCGGCGCCAGCGUUGAGGAUCAGAGCAAUCGCGACGCCGAAUUCAAGUACCUCCAUGUUUACAAGCGCAUUGACAAGUGCGAGAAGUGGACGGAAGUCCGGCGCACCCUCGACAAGGCCAAGGAGACAUACAAGCCGGACGCGCCGAUUCCGGGCGCGUCAGAGGGGCGGCCGGACGGCAACAAAGGGGCCAAGAAGGGGAAACACGCCGACGCGGCUACCGCGCGGGUGCAGGAGUCCAUCGAGCAUUGCCUCGCCGACGCACAUGCCCGGGCCGUCCUGCGUGAAGAGAAAACCGCGGCGCGGUGGUCGUCGUUGCUGACGAACAACGCCAUCAAGCUCGACCUGCUCCGGACCAACGUCGCCGCGAAGAAGAGGAACACCGACCUGGCUUUUCUGAUGGGCGGGGCGGACAUGCUCCAGAGCACCGACGAGAAGCUCAUGGCGUGGUACAUGGCGGAGCACGGCCUCAUCCUGAACCAGCUGCCGACGACGGUGACUCCAACUCACGCGCCCACGCCCACGCCGACGCCAAGCCCGGGUGAUGACGCCUCCACGACGCCCAGCAGCACCGAAGCCGCGCCGACACCGCCCAACACCGAAGCAGCCCCGACACCGCCGAGCCCGCGCACGCCGACUCCACCGAUGCCUGAGGCCGACCCCGCCGAGUGA